AUGACCUCGUUGGCAGAGUCUCUUGAAGGUGUGCUGCCCAAAGGCGAGCAUUUCAUUCUUGCGAACUUGCAAAGUAUCCCAAAGCUCAGUAAGCCCGUUGUGCAUCAGCCUGAACGUCCACAUACAGUAAAGACCGUUCAUUUUGUCGUUCUUUUCUACAACCAAACUCCAGUCCUUGCAACAGAGGUGUACGUAUACUUGACAAUUGCGGAGACUUUGAAGCGCACGAUAUAUGUCUCAAAGGUGGACACGACAGGACUGACCAAGGUGAAAGUGGGGACGGUGGUACAAAAAAUUUUGGAGUGGCUAUUUGAAUAUCCAAUCACCCAAUACCUCAGGGAUCUGAGAGUGAAGCACACGUAUAAAACUAUCCUCAAACCUCACCCUCCUUUUACGUCACCGAUUCAGAGAGCCUUGCACAUUUUAAUUGAACGAGCCAAAGGAGACAAAGACUACGGACUGCCUCAAAUUGUUGAGUCAAAAACCUACCAAGUGCCUUCUCGCUUCUUUGCGCUCACCAAUUCCGACUAUCAAACAGAUUUGGUGCUAUUCACGCGGGCGGAGAAUCAAUAUUUGUUCCCCAACUCAAAUAAAAAUAAAGGCAAGCAUAUACUGGAUGAUGGAGCGCUGCUCAAGUGGUGGCUGAAAUCGAUCAAUUCGAGCGUCCAGAAGUCUUUUAAGAGUGUCCAGAAAUACGUUGAUAUCUUGAAUUCGGAGCCUCGUCAAAUCAGCAGGUACUUUCCAGAGGACGACUGGAAAAUUGGUAGCAUAUACAAUAGACCGGGAAAAACUCACGAGUUGGCCGUCUAUAACAUUCCACUUCUUCCCGAUGAUCCAAAGGGAAGGUUUUUGGAGCACCUGGUGGUCGAAAACCGCGCAAAAAAGGUGUCUCUAGGUCAGUUUUGGACCGAGCUCGCUAUUAGACAGGAAUUCAGACUUGGUCGUAUCGUUGGGCUAAUUGGAGUCACAGGGAAAUGCUACGAGUCUUCUCCGGGGCCUUUUAGUAUGCUGAAAGGGAAAGACUUUGCAAAUGUUAGGAAAGUGUUCACCGAAACUGACUACAGUGAUCCUUCCGAGGUGGAAGCCAUAUACGAUAGGUUGCUAGAGUACGGUGUUGAGCUGCAAGAAAUUACAGGAAAACAAAACAAUGCAAUUUCCUUGUCUAUGCCGGAGUCUCACAAACGGCCUGUAACAGACCUGGGAAUGCUGGUGAAGAGGAAGAAAUCUACAACAAAACAAUUGUCAUGA